UACGUGUAACGUUAUAUAUCGCCGAAAAGAUGAGGUUUGGACAGCUGUACUACGGCCGCAAGAUGAACAGAAAGCAUCCGCAAAAUCUAAGGAAAUUAAUUUUAAAAUGUUACUCCACGAAAUAUUGUUCAGAUGAAUUCUCACACUGAUUCUACGUGUGGACAAAACAACCUGAAACAGAGAAAAUCUCUCUCAGAUUGUUCAUAGCUGCGUUUGGACGCUCUCCGCCAAUCGUUUCACGCUCGUUACACACACACCGCUGAACGUCAAAGGGAUGUGGCUCAAUAUCUAAGCGCCCUACCUAGACAGUAACGUUAUUGGUAAACGUCACAGGCGGACCAAACCCCUGUUCACUAGGUAGUCCACAUACUAGGUUCUGAGACACUCAUGCUGUUCAAAGCACCGUGUGCUGCUCCGCGCUGCUCAGUCUGACAACCACAUCUCAUCGAUCAAGAGCUGAUCAAUACUAAAAGUCAUCUAACGAUCGGAAACUAACCGGAGACUUUUAACAGAAUGGAUCAAUCUGCGGACGGAAAUAUAGAAAGCAAACAGAAUGCUGCGAAACCGCGUUGUCAGCGCUAUUUAGUGUCUUUUCCAACCAUAGUGUGUUUAGUGUUAUCGCUGAGUUCAAUAGCGGUGUGUUUUCUCAUGAGUUUCAAAACACAUCAGAUGGAGAGCAGGCUGCGCGAGCUGGAGAUAAAGAUGACUGACAUCUGUCAAGAAUCAUCCAAGGACACCUCUGUUCCACAGGAGCUGCGCAAAUCCAUUGAAACACUCUUACAGGAGAGGGUGAAUGAAGCGAUGCCCAAGUUGCGUGUGGCGAGAGACGUGACACAAGAUUGCAACUGUCCUCCAGGUCCUCCUGGGAAACGUGGACGGAUGGGCAGAAGAGGUGACCCUGGACCCCCAGGCAAACCUGGGCGAGACGGUUACCCGGGUCCACUCGGUCUGGAUGGCAAACCUGGUAUUCCUGGACCUAAAGGAAGCCAGGGGCUGCCAGGACCAAAAGGAGAUAAGGGUGAUCAAGGAGAUACUGGGCCAAGGAUGGUCUUUCCUCGUUACGAUCACAGCUACAUCUCGGCCGAUCAGCCCAGUUUCCAGAGGCGUAUGCUGAAGGGUGAUCAAGGACAAGCUGGCCCACCUGGACCUCCAGGCCCUCCUGGAGCACCUGGUGCAAGAGGGCCCCCAGGAAACACAGGCAAGGACGGUCCCCGCGGCCCACCGGGAGAACCGGGUGCUCCUGGACAAGAAGGAAUGGAGGGACAAAGAGGUUUACCAGGAAAACCGGGUGAAAUUGGUGAUCAGGGUUACCCAGGACCACAGGGACCCCCAGGGCCAAAGGGUGAGCAGGGAGAGCCAGGUCCUCAGGGUGACCGAGGAACCGAUGGUCUGCCAGGCUUGAAGGGAGAUAAGGGAGAUGCUGGAGAUCAAGGGCCCCAGGGCGAUCCGGGCCACCCUGGUGAAAAAGGCGCAUCAGGAUCCGGUGACAUCAUUGACUUCAAUGGCAAACUCUUAGAUGCCUUUCAGGCCAUCAAAACCAUCAGUGUCUCGGGACCACCUGGACCCCCGGGACCACCUGGAAAAGAAGGUUCAAAGGGUGAACUUGGCUUGCCUGGCCCUGCUGGGGUUGAUGGCCAAAAGGGUGAAAAAGGAGACACUGGGGAGCCUGGUGAACCUGGAGACAGGGGGGAGAAAGGAGAAAUGGGCCUCUCUGGUCCCUCUGGAAUGGAUGGGCAGAAAGGAGAGAAAGGAGAGUCUAUACUAGAAGACAAUCUGGUUCAAAUGAUUUCACAGCCUGGACCACCAGGGCUUCCAGGUCCACCAGGACCACCUGGAUACAUGGGACACCGUGGCUUGCCAGGCCCCAAAGGUGAUCCAGGGGAGAGUAUUAAAGGAGAGAAGGGAGAAACGGGUGCUGCAGGAAUACAAGGCCUUCAUGGUCCUCAAGGGCCCCCAGGAGCAACAGGAUUAGUUGGUCUUCCCGGCACAAAGGGUGAAAAGGGAAAACAAGGGGAACCUGGAUUAGAUGGUUUUCCCGGCAUUAAGGGAGACAGGGGUGAUCGUGGAGAGAAAGGAGACAGGGGAGAUCGCGGUCCUGUUGGAAAGAGAGGGCUCAAGGGAAUGAAAGGCGAACAGGGGCCGCCGGGUCUGGACCAGCCCUGUCCCGUGGGAGCUGAUGGAUGUAAAAAAGAGGCAGUGGAAAUGGGGCAGCCGGCCCCUGAGGGUCCCUGCUCACUGGGUCCUGAUGGACUUCCAAUACCAGGUUGCUGGCACAAGUGAUGUGUAACCUGAGGCAUGUCAUCUGUACAUAUUGAUGUGAUAUAUAUAUUGCAAUUUCAUACAGCUUUUUCACUUUUUAAAUAUUUUUACAUUUUAUAAAGACAAAAGACUUUGAUUAACAUUCAUCAGUGUUAUUUUUUCAACAUUUUUUUUUUUAAUCAGAAAUUGUAAACCAAAUUGUGGAUACUGCUUUUUUUGUGUCCAUUUGGGUUAUUGAAUCCAAAGAAAAUCUUUCUUUUUUUUUUUUUCCUGGAGCAUAAAAUGACAGUAUUGUUCACCAUAAGAUGCCUGUAAUGUGCCCGGGGGAAUGUUGCAUGGGCAUGCUGGACCGACCUGCUCAACUGGUGCCAAUACAAGAAUUUUGCAUCAUAUCCCCUUUUGUUUUCAAAGGAACAGGGAAUGCUUCAGAAACUCAAGAGGAAACGUCUCUCCCAGCCUUGAUGUUCUUCAAGAACCCGAGGAGUUUAAAUGACUUUACAGUCCCUCAAGUGACGGCAUCUCAAUAAUAUUGGUUAAUAUUGACUGUCCUCAGAAUGCAGGUCGAAUGAGGGUGCAGACAGCCCUCGCUAUGGUCAAUAUUUUUCAUGAAGGAACAUAGUUGAGCUCUUGGAGAUGAUAAGAGAUCAAGGAUUGGCCUCAUGGAUGCAGUUGCUCCACAGCAGCCUGAUAGGAGGCUUUGGCAUCGGAGAUGAUACAGAACAGAUCCUUAUUUUGAGAAUAUCAAUGAACAGUCAUUUAUAAAGAUUUAUUUCUUAUGUGUUACUAUUUUAUGCUUGAUUUUUUGUUGUUGUUUUUUUUGCAACCUGCAAGCAAAAACACAAAGCAUCUGGAAUUGACGCCCAAAGACUAACUUUGGAUGGCGAGCAUUUACUUAUUAAUGCAUAAAUCAUUGGUAACAAAAUAAAUACUACAUCUGUUUUAAAUCAGCGCAGCAUAUAGUGAGCGAGAAUAGAGUGUUAUGUGGUACCUGUUUAUUUACUACUGCAUCUACAUGUUGCUCCCAUUUGUUGUGAUACUUUGAGAUAGAGUGUAUGUUGACUGUGACUACCUGCCGUUGUUUUUAAUGUCACAAUCCUUGAUACAUAUUCCAUAUUACUGUUCAUAGUAAUUUAUGAUAUAUAUACUGAAGUGCUUUUUGAAGAUGGCCAAAACUGAGGUGUUUUCAUAGCCUCAGUUCGGCCAUUACAAGGACUCAAGUUUGACAAAGUAUUUCUCUAUUAUCUUUCAUAGGAUGAAAGCAAAGAAAACAUUAGAGAUUUCAUUUUAUCAAUCUCAUUUUCUUUCUUUGGCUUUCCAAGAUUUAACACAGAGAAAAGACAUCCAGAAGAGAUGUUUUUUUAAGGCAUUUUAGCAUGUUCAGCAUACAUUUCCAUGAUGGUGUACCCUCUUUCAGGGAUUUAAAACCAUUCUACAUAAGCUUUUCUGAAAUAUUUAUUGUUCAUAUUAAAAUUACUGGUGGUCAGAUCAUGUAAAAGUUCUUAUAAUGCAUAUAUGUUACAGAUAAUGCAUUUGAAUUUUUAUAAGACUGUCUUUGGUGUUAAAUGGUUGACAAAAUGUUGCUAUGUUACUAUGUUGUGAUAUACAUAACUGUAAAAAAAAUGUGAUUGACCAAUAGCAUUAUAGAAACAAAACAGAAUGGGAGGACAUUUUUGGAACAUUUUAUUGCUUUUUGUUUUUCCUUUGAAUUUCUUUACAGGUGUUUUUUUUUUUUCCAAACACAAAUGAUGUUUGAUUUUGAAGAUACUGAAAGAUGGUUUUUAAGAUAUUUUGCUGCUGAAACAGUAUUUGUAUUUAAUAGUUGAAAUGGGGUAAGGAAAACAGCCUUACCAACUGCCUGACAGCCAUUACAUGCAUUGGUUUGCUUUCAAAGAUGUUUUAUAAAAUAGAAAUUAAAGUUUGUUACUAGUAAAUUAGUAAAAACUGUCUUUCCUUUGACCUUGGUCAUGGUCAAAAAGUGUGUGGUGUUUCAAAAGUUCUCCACAAUCCACUGUAAACUCACAUUCAAACUGUUUCUCUGACACUUUUCAUGGUCAAAUCACUUCCUAAUGGAAGAAAAUUAAAUCCUGCUCUUUUUCUUCAUUGCA